UCACUAGGCACGGGCGCUCUUUCCGUUAGCAUCCCCAAGCAGGAUUGACGAUGGCCAAAAGGACCAAGAAGGUCGGAAUCACAGGGAAAUAUGGCACCCGUUAUGGUGCCUCCCUGAGGAAAAAGGUCAAGAAGAUUGAAAUUUCACAGCAUGCGAAAUACGUGUGCAGCUUCUGCGGCAAGGAGUCGAUGAAGCGGACUGUGGUGGGCAUCUGGAAGUGCCACGGCUGCCCAGUGGUGUGGGCGGGCGGAGCUUACACGCCGCACACCACGGCCGCCAUCACCGUGCGCGCCGCCACCCGCCGCCUCCGCGAGACCAAGGAGCUCUGAACUGACUCUGACCGACCGACCGCGCUCCGGGGAUAAUUGAAUACACUUUCAGUGAACAAG